UCUUGUGGAACUUCUAUGGGAUCAGGAUCAUGCCAGAGACAGGUUGUGUGUACAAAAAAAUUUUGCAUGUAAAAAUGAUGUUUUGAAGUUGUAUAAAACAAGUUGUGCUUGUGGAAAAAAUCUGAACCUGCAGAAUCAUUUUGUGGUUGUGCAAGAAACCUUUGUCUGCAAAAAUAUAAUUUGCAAACAUGUAGAUCAGUUUUGCACUUGUGUUUUUUUCCUAUGUGUGUGUGUGUAACUUAAAUUUGUACCCAUAAAAGUUCCGCCAUACAAAAUCUCAGGACGAGUGCGGCACCCAGUGUUCGUGUGCGACACUGCACCUACAAGCUCGCAAAGCAAAAACCUACAAGCACAAAACGAAAAACCUACAAGCACAAAACCUUUUUACAGAUUAGAUAUAAGUCAAAUUUGUGCCACUAACAGCCAAUCGGAAUACUGCUUACUGGCGAGCCUAGUCGCCAAUGACUGGUGACGACGACGCCUUUUUGGAGAAGACGAAGAAGAAGGAAGAUUCUGCUGCUAGCCAAUGCUGCUAGCAGAGACCAGGCAAAGAGGAUGGCUGAAGCCCAAGAACAGAACUCCAUGCUGGAGACAGCAGUUAGAAGUUUUAUCCAGGUACUGUCUAAUGCACAGGCAACGGGAACCCCAGUGCAGACAGGUGCACACGGAGGAACGCGAAGGCACUUUAUAUUCCAGCAACCAACCACUAAACCAGCAACAAGCGUCACAGGCAGGCUCAAAUGUCCAUCGUGAAAUGCAGAGAUCAUUUCCAGGGUUUUUCCAGAGGAGGAGUGUACUGAGAGGGAAGAGACCCUCUCCAAGUGACAGAGUAAAUUCCUAUGGCAAAAGGAUAGACUUAAAUUUCUGUUUGCUGCCCGAGAACACAACAAAAUCACCCCAAGAUGAAGUGGAAUUAUUGCAAGCUGGUCUCGGCAGGCGCUCUCUCACUAUUUCUGAGAAUGCAGAUCAUGAUGAGAUAAGCAGAGUCCUCACAGAGGUCUAUCCCAAAAUGAUGAACUUAAGCGGCGGUUGGCUCCUUUAUAAGGCGGCAGGUGGCAGUGGGCGGAGGAAACUUACAGUGUUGCCACAAGGUUCUGAAGGCUACACUGCAAAGAUCCUUAAAGCCAACACUUCAAAUGGAAAGCACAUGCUGUACAUAAUACCUCUACAGGAGAAGCUUGAUGUCACACCACUUCCGCAUGAUGCAAAGGAAUUCAGUACGAUGCCCAAAUCAUGCUGCAUGAAGUGUGGCACAACAAUGCCCAUUCAACUGCUAGUUGGACAUAUUAAUGAAUGUGUUAAUGAAGCACUGUCAGAAGACGUGGAAGAUGUGGUUGAAAUCGAUGCUGCCACUGAAGAUGAUAAGAGUACCUGCCCAAUUUGUGGUGUUGAGUUUCCUGCCAUUGUCUUACCCCGUCAUGCCAGUUCAUGUGGUGAGAGUGCACCUACUGAUCAGGCAGGUACAAGUGGUUUUUCCCCAUCUCCAUCUACCUCUUCGUGGGCAGCUCCUGACCAGACGGGUCCAAGUAGCUUGUCUCUGUCUCCAUCUACCUCUUCACGGGCACCUCCUGAUCAGACAUCAUGGAAAAACAUCCUUUGUCCAAAAGAAACAGCAGUCCUCUACAGGAGACAGCUGUUAAGUGAGAAGGAAACAGAGCCUCCAAUUCGAGCCAGCAUAGACAUCAGAGGGGACCAAAUAUCCCAAAGUCGGGAGAUUCUCAUGUUUUACAAAACCCCUGAUGUUGACUGGGCUUGCGCCCUACAUUGUACUCUACAAGGUGACCCAGCUGUUGGAGUCGGAGUGAAACGACACUUCCUUAGUUUGGCUAUGUCAAAGCUCCAAAAUGGCUUCAAUGUGAACACUGAUCUGACCAACGUCACAAUGCUGUUCGAGGGAGAGCAGAAUCAUCUUCUGCCAGCCACUUCAGAGACUCUAAUUGAGUCAGAUCUUUUCGUUGUGGCAGGCAGAAUGAUAGGCCAUGCUUUUCUACAUGGGGGCCCUCCAUUCUAUGGCCUCAGCGAGGCUAUAGUUCACAUGCUCAUCUAUCCUGGAGACAUUGACACAGCAACUGUUACCAUUGCUGAUGUAGCUGAUUAUGACAUAAGAGAUACAAUUGCAAUGGUUGAUGGAGAAAUGGAUCUAACUGAGGAACAAACAUCAGACAUAAACACCCUCGCCAUGUCCUGGGACCUACCUCCAGUUUGCACAGUCAAUCGGCGCUGGCUGUACCAAAAGCUCCUGAAACAUGCGGUAAUUGUGCGGCGUUAUCGUCAAAUAAAACAAAUGCGCAAAGGCCUGAAGCAAACGAAGGUCCUGACCUUGCUUCAGGAAAAGCCAGAGACUUCGACCAUUGUCUUCCCUCGAUCAGAGGAGGCAAUUCCAGAUCCUCAGGCAAUCUUGAGUCUCAUUGUCUGGCCGGGGGAAGCUAGUGAAGAUAGUGAUGACGAGGCAGGAGGAACCAGGAUGAAGGAACUGACCUGUGGGUUCCUUAGGAGGUUCAUUGAGACAGCCUCCCCAUCUGAUCUAAAACAACUUAUGAGGUUCUGGCUGGGCUGGGAGAUCCCAUCUGGGAAAAUGACUGUUCAAGUGGUGGACAGGCAGCAUCUGCUGUCGUCCACUUGCUUCGCCACUCUGAGCGUCCCAGGACACUUCAAGGAAUAUGAAGACUUUGCCAACUAUGUGAGGAGAGUCAUCGCAACCACAGACACAGGCUUUGGCCUAAUUUGAGAUUGAGAAGUAUGUUGUUAAAUACUGAAAUACAAUACACUGUUAGGACCAGUUGGAUGUGUUGCCACUUUGUUGUUGCCAGUUGUGAGGAGAGAAGGGGUGGAAGUGAGGAGAGAUCAAGGUAAAGAGAAUGAGUUCAAGUGAUUUUUCACAAUGUUAGUGUUUGCAUGAGUUGAUGUGUUUAGGGCAUUACCUACAGUUGUAGGAUUUAAUCAAAGCCUAACUAUUUUUAAAGAGAUUGCGGCUUUUUCUCAAAUUCUACAGUCAGCAUGUAGGCUGUUCUAUCAUUUCCUCUAAGACUUGGAAAUAAAGACUUUGAUUCAACCAAAGUAUCAGUG